ACCAGGUGGAGUCCAGACUUGCCUACUACAUGGCUGGAACUCUAUUAUUAUCUACUCUAUGGUGAGGGCUCGAUCCAAACUGCUCCGUGCCCCAACACACGUCGUGUUAUUUUCUCUUCCGUUGUGUGCAGGCAGUUAGGAUUGGGCAACGAUUCUGCGAUACCUAUUGGAGUUACGACAGAUACAAUGUUUGGUGCUGGGCCAUCAACACAACCUAUUCUCAUCACGAAUGUGGUGUGCUCUGGCAAUGAGAGUAAUAUAGCCGAGUGCUCUCAUUCUGACAUGAAUAGUGUGGGGCAUUGUUUACACGUCGAUGAUGUUGGUGUAAUAUGUGAA